UUUUUUUUUUUUUUCUUCUUACAUUAGCAGUGUCAUUUAAUACCUUUAAAUAAAGCUUUGGCCAUAACUACAGCAAAAUAAAAUACAGGCAAAUCAAAAUCUGUUACAAUCCAACCGUCAGUCAAUGACUUAGCCAUGGCUGCUCUUCGACUAGGAGUAGUGGAAUCUCCAAGCUUCACCAGUCCUGUCCUCGAAAUACAAAAUUAGCAGCACCUUCUCGGUGGUGGAUGGAGUAAAUAUGGUCUGUGGCGGUGAGAGAAGGAAGACAAUAGAGCAGAGGAAAAUUGUUCUCUGCAAUGGCAAAAGAAACUCUCUCUAACGCCCAAUACGCUGAGGAAGUACUAUUCCAGGAGGAAUCAAUGGGCUCGUUGAUAAUUUCUCAGGUGAAAAACAAAAUUCCAUCAUCAAUUCCAAUGAUUGAACCAUCUCCAGAGCCAAACCCUAAAGAAACGGGCGAAUCUUCACUCAUUUUCUGCGAAAUUUGUGUAGAAAUAAAAGAAAUCGACCAAAUGUUCAAAAUCGAUAGCUGUGUUCACUCUUUUUGCUGCGAUUGUAUAAGCAAACAUCUAGCUGCAAAAAUUCAAGAUAGUACUUGUACUAUUAUUACUUGUCCAGGAAUGAAUUGCCGAGCAAUUCUCGAACUUGACAUUUGCAGAUCUCAGCUUUCCAAGGGAGUAAUUGAUAUCUGGGAGGAAAUGCUAUGCAAGGAGAUGAUAAGCGAAUGGGAGAAGUUCUAUUGUCCUUUUAAGGAUUGUUCUGCACUUUUGGUGAAUGAUUGUGAUUGUGGAGGAGAAGCUAUUAGAGAGUCUGAGUGUCCGUUUUGCCAUAGAUUGUUCUGCGCUCAGUGUUAUGUGCCUUGGCAUUCUGGAGUUGAGUGUGAAGUGUUUCAGAGGUUGAAUGAGGAUGAAAGAGGAAGGGAAGAUUUGAUGGUGAUGGAACUUGCUAGAGCUCAGAAAUGGAGUAGAUGUCCUCGCUGUAAAUUUUAUGUUGAAAGAACGGAAGGUUGCCCACAUAUAACAUGCAGGUGCAAGUUCGAGUUUUGCUAUGGAUGUGAAUCAGAGUGGACAACAAGCCAUGGUGGUUGUCAGAGAAAUUAGUUAGACUCGGUAAUUGAAGUACGAGAGGAAUUAUUUAUUAUAUAUGCAUACAAUUUUACUAGGAAGAUGUUUCCUCAUGGGAAAUUAUGUGUUUAAGUGAAGUAGAUUACCUUCUUGUUUUGUUUUUUAGCUAUAUUGUUUAUAAAUGGCUAUGAUGUUUUGGCUAUCAUAAUUCCCAUUCAUCUAUUAAUGCAAAAUGCACUACCUAUUUAGGACUA